AUGGGGCGGCUGGGCCGGGGACAGGGCCCCAUCACCAGCGUCUGCUUCAGCAAGGACGGGCAGUGCGCCCUGGCCGCCAGCCUCGACUCCACCCUGCGCCUGCUGGACAAGGAGACGGGAGAGCUGCUGGGCGAGUACACGGGCCACCGCAGCACAGCGUACCGGCUGGACUGCGUGCUGAGCGAGCAGGACACCCACGUGGGCAGCGCCUCCGAGGACGGCAACGUCUACUUCUGGGACCUGGUGGAGGGCUCGCUGGCGCUCAGCCUGGCAGUGGGCCGCAGCGUGGUGCAGUCCCUCUCCUUCCACCCCACCCUGCCCUGCUUGCUCGCCGCCACCGAGCGCCACGUCCAGCUCUGGCGCGAGGAGACCUUCCAGCCCGAGGGGGACGCCGCCACAUGACGCGGGUUUGGGGGGACACCCCGGGUGCCUGUCUGCGCCCCCCGGUAAUGAGGAAUAAACCCACGGUGUGGAGAA